AUGUUUAAUACACUGAAAGCAAAAUUCAACAAAGUGCUGCCAAGUCUAGCAGAGGAAAAAGUGAGCGAUGUUCCAUCCCCUGAAAAACCAUCACCUCCGCCUCCUCCAGAGCAGGAUGAAAAAAAGAAAGAAGAGGAAGAAAGGAAGAAUACUAGUGAUGCCCCAGAAAAAGAGACAGAAAAUACUGCACAUCCAGAUCCUAAGCAAGAAUCAAUUUUCUGCAAUAAAAAUACCCUAAAUGCUAUUACCAAUCAUCUGAUUCUAGAUGCGGCAGGGCCUCCAGAAAAAGGACCUGAGCCCAAUCAGGCUGAACCAUCCACAGAACCUGCUGAGGCAACACAUCAGGAAGAGGUGCAGGCAGUCAAAGAAGAGAAAGGAGAGGCCGCUGAAGAGAAUAAGCGACCUGGAACCCCCAUAAAUGAAUAUGCUCAAGUCCAACUGCAAGAUAUCAUCAAGAAGAUGCGAGAACGGACGGCCACCUAUAAAGAAAAGUUGACCGAUCCAGUCAUCACAUCACCUGAACCCAGUCCAACAGCCACACCCAAAAAGAAAGCCCCACCUCCUCCACCAAAAGAAGAAAAAAAGGAAGAGAAAAAGGAAGAGAAAAAGGAGGAAGAAAAGAAGCCAGAAGAAGUUAAACAGGAGGAGCAUUACUGUGACAUGCUAUGCUGUAAAUUCAAGAGACCACCCAUGAAAGAAUACAUGAAGAAAAUGAAGCUACCAGAAAGUAUAGAUGCAUACACAGAUCAUCGCUAUAUAUGGUGGUUGUUCAUGGUUACCGUUGCUUAUAACUGGAACUGCUGGUUCAUCCCACUACGAUUAGUAUUCCCAUUUCAGACCUCAAGUAAUAUGAUAUACUGGAUUGUUAUAGACAUCUUAUGCGAUAUCUGCUACAUCUGUGAUCUGUUGAUCUUUCAGCCCCGAGUGCAAUUUGUGAGAGGUGGAGAUAUAAUAUCAGAUAAAGUAGAAAUGAAGAAGUUCUACCGGAGUACAUUAAAAUUUCGGCUUGAUUUAUUAUCAGUAAUGCCGUUUGACGUCUUGUACGUUGUAUUUGGGUUUAACGUAGUAUUCAGAGCAAACAAAAUGAUAAAGCAUCUCACAUUCUUUGAAUUCAAUGACCGGUUAGAGGCAAUCAUGAAUAAAGCAUACAUCUACAGAGUCAUUCGAACCACGGGCUACCUGUUGUACAUCUUACACUUGAAUGCAUGCCUUUAUUACUGGGCCUCAACCUACGAAGGACUUGGCAGCACUAAAUGGGUUUAUGAUGGCAAAGGAAACAUGUAUCUAAGGUGUUACUAUUGGGCAGUUCGCACUUUAAUUACUAUUGGUGGAACUCCGGAACCAGUAACCAUGUUUGAAAUCAUCUUUCAGCUUCUGAAUUUUUUCUCGGGAGUCUUCGUAUUCUCCAGCUUGAUUGGUCAGAUGCGGGAUGUCAUCGGAGCAGCUACAGCAGGGCAGAACUACUACCGUGCCUCUAUGGAUAACACUGUAUCAUACAUGAACAAUAAUACCAUUCCAAGAAUUGUUCAGAAUCGUGUUCGGACGUGGUAUGAGUAUACGUGGGAUUCACAAGGAAUGCUGGAUGAAUCCGAGUUGCUGGAGCAGAUGCCUGGAAAAAUGCAGCUAGCCAUUGCAAUUGAUGUGAACUUUGCCAUUGUCAAUAAAGUUGACUUGUUCAAAGGAUGUGAUACCCAAAUGAUAUGUGACAUGCUCCUGAGACUGAAAUCCAUUGUGUAUUUACCUGGCGACUUUGUCUGCAAAAAGGGAGAAAUCGGCAGAGAAAUGUAUAUCAUUAAACAAGGCGAGGUUCAAGUUCUUGGAGGUCCUGAUGGCACCAAAGUCCUGGUCACCCUAAGAGCAGGCGCUGUCUUUGGAGAGAUCAGCCUAUUAGCAGCAAGUGGGGGAAAUCGGCGAACUGCGAAUGUGGUGGCCCAUGGAUUUGCUAACCUUUUUAUUCUCGACAAGAAGACUCUCAAUGAAAUCUUGGUGCACUACCCUGAGUCUGACAAGAUCUUAAGGAAGAAGGGAAAAGUACUCAUGAAGAAGGCAGGCAAGCCCGUUGGACCACCACAACCUGCAAAAGGCUUUUCCCUCCUCACACAGAAAAUAGAACCACCCAUGAUGUUCAAAGCAUUGCUUGGUGGGAAAGGUGGUGGCAUUGCUGCGAUUAUCAAGCUCAAGAGAGAGAGAGAGGCCCAGCAAGAAAGGCAAGCCAAGGAAGAACAAGCAAGGAAAGAAAAAGAAGAAAGAGAAAAGGCAGAAAAAGCAAAAAAAGCAAAGGGAAAAGCAAAGGUUGAAAUCAAACCUACAGAAAAAUGCCCAGCUCAAGCUGCCGAAGCCCAAGCACCACAAGCAGAAGUUGAGCCACUUGCCCCUAAAGAAGAGACAGUUGCCAACAGCCCACCACCACUACCACCAUCUCCUCCUCCUCCUGCUAAAUCAACUUUACUCAGAGGACUCACUGACCAAUCCCUUAUCAUUACUAUGACUCCUUCCGACAUACCUGGAGAAGGAGAAAUUCUUACUGUUGAAGUCAGAGAGAAGAAACAAACAUAA